AUGGCUGUUUGGUCAGGCCCGCUGAGUUCAAAAGUUACACUUGGUACUAUUGCUGUGGCUGCUGCUGUUGUUACUGCUGCUGUAUUUUUGUCCAAGCGUAAACAGAAGAAAUAUGAACUUGUUGGCAAAGUUUCUGCAUUGAACUGCUACCCAGUAAAAUCCUGUGGAGGUAUAACAAAUGAUGUGGCCUUUUGUACGGUGUCUGGAAUCCAGAUGUUAAAUGUAAAAGACAGGCAGUUUGUGAUUGUUCAUCCAAACGGUGAUUUUGUCACCCAGCGGCAGUUACCGAAGAUGGCAGGAAUUGAGACAGUUUGUGAUGGCCAAGAUCUAGUACUUAGAGCAGACGGUAUGCCAGACAUUAGAGUCCCUUUGUACCCAAAACUGGACAGAAGAAAGGUGGUUCUAUGCAGAGUUUGGAUAUUUCACCUGGAGGCCCAGGACUGUGGUGACGAGGUGGCAUCUUGGAUAAGCGAGUAUUUGAGUGAGGAUCUGAGGUUGUUGGUCCUUGUACCAGGACUAGAAAUGAGGCAGAGCCCGACAGCAAAUGCCAUCAGCACAGACAAAGUGGUCUUUGCAGAUCAAAGUCCUUACCAUAUAAUUACAGAAGAAUCAUUAGCUAAUCUGGUGUCUCGAAUAGAACCAUCACCAGAGGGACAAAUUACCAUGAAGAACUUUCGACCCAACAUUGUCAUUCAGGGGAUCAAAGAAGCUUGGGAUGAAGACAACUGGUCACAUCUUAAGAUUGGAAACAGUUUAAAAAUGAGAGUUCUGGCGCCUUGUGACAGAUGUGCUAUACCAACUGUGAACCUGGCAACACUUCAACGGAGAAGUGAUGAGGAGCCUCUGAGAACACUACGAAUAUUCCGUAUGUUUCCAGAAAUAUGCCAGUCUCCAUUGUUUGGCAUUUUUGCUGGUGUUGAUGUUGAAUCUACUGUUCGCGUUGGUGAUCCAGUUUACGCAGUCAGAAAGUAA